AUGAGAAUAAGAGCACUAUCGUCCCUGUAUUACUCCGCACUGCUGUUGCUGACAGGUACUCUUUCAGUCACCAAUAGCGCGGGGAACCCUAAAUUUUACGAAGGCAGCACUGCGUCUUUUGAUGGGAUUGAAUGCUUGAGUAUUGUGACGGAAAAUGAUGGUGCUCACGACAGCACUUCUCGUUUGCUGCUGGCCUGCUUGACAGACGAUUAUCAAUUGUUGGGAGUCCCCGUGGUCAACGCGGGUUGGAUCAAUCAGAUGAUGAAGAGCGGACGCAUGGAGAGUGGCAAAACUCGAAUGCGAUUUCCGGCUGGAACCAAGGUGAAUUCGUUCCUGCUGGACCGAGCUCCGGAAUCUUUUGAUAAUGCGGAUUCUAGUGACGAGGAAGAUAUCGUACGAAACAGAAGACGACUGUCUAAACUCAAGAGAAUUGGAAUCUACGAGUUGCUCAGUGUUAGAAUCGUCCAGGAUGGAGCUGGCAAGACUACCACUCAUACAGCGGCCGAUCUACAACAAGAAGUAUUGAGUCUAACGGACGUCAAUAUACGCACUCAGACUGCCGCGUGCUCCUUUGAUCAAUUGAUUCUUAAUCCUGCCACGGGCGGUUUGAUUAGUGGAGGCGUUGCCGAAAUUACCACUACUGUCCAUCCCGGCAAUGGUAACUUGGACGAUCCGGUCCAAUACAAUCAAUUCUUGGGAUACAUUAAUAAUAUUUUGGGACAGCUCUUUGUGGCAAACCAAAACCAGUUGCCGGCAGAUUUUAUUCACAUUUGUUUGCCACCCGAUACGCUUGCGGGAACUCAAUCUCUGGGAUUUUUCAAUUCCUUUUUGAGUGUCUUCAACAGCGCCGUCUGUACCUAUACAUCGUACAACAUGCACGAAUUUGGACACAAUCUGGACUUGAACCACAGUUCCGAUGUUCUAUUUACGCCUGGGAUGGAUUCUCAAUUUGGAGAUCAAGUGGGAUAUAUGGGAGCCUCGUAUGCUGAAGUGCACGGACCCGAAAUGUGUUUCAAUCCGGCCAAGUCCUUUCAAUUGGAUUGGUAUCACUUCAAAACCAACACUUGUACUCCCAUGCCCUGUGUCCCCUGCGAAGUCGACCUUGGUGGCUUUGUAAGCUACAACGACCCAAACAUUGCAUUUGUCUUGAUGAAAAUUCAAGACCCCAUGACCGACGUAGAUCAUUAUCUGACCUACAACAAUGCCACUGGAUUCAACUCUGGGACCAAAGAGGGAAUUAAUCAAGUGGUUAUCAAUACUCAAGCCAGUGAAGGAUUGGAAGCCAACUUUUCCCAGUUAGUGGGAUUGUUGGAUGCUGGUAUGAGCACCACCUUUAGCAACACUUACAAUGGGACCAAUGAUCUAGUUGUGGAAGUCUUGUCCAUCGUCGAUGGGGUCGCUUCCGUUCGGGCGUCCACAGGAGUGUGCACCAGCAGCAAUCCUGGAACCAUUGGAGAUCCACACUUUCGAACCUGGAGAAAUGAACAUUUCGAAUAUCAUGGACAAUGCGACCUAAUCUUGGUGAAGGAUCCUACCUUCGCGUUUGGGAAAGGCCUCGAAGUGCAAAUACGAACCAAACUGAUACGAUAUUGGUCCUACAUUAAAAGCGCCGUCAUUCGAAUCGGCUCAGAUAUACUGGAAGUCCAAGGUGAUGCCGAGAUGAAGGGGAUUGCCAAGUAUUGGUUCAAUUUGGAAUAUCAAAAAGACGACAUGGAAACCAUUGGUGGGUUCCCUGUCAAUGUUCACAUUCGAUCCGAACGAAAACGAAUUGUGACGAUUGAUUUGGAUUCGGUCUACCCAGAGCAAAAGAUUGUUAUUUCCACUUGGAAGGAAUUUGUCAAGGUAGAUUUUGUCAAUCCUACCCAAGAGUCCUUUGGCAAUUCGGUGGGGAUGUUGGGAAAUUUCCACAGUGGCAAGACGUAUGCUCGUGACGGCCAAACGGUUCUGGACGAUUUUUGGCAAUUGGGAGAAGAGUGGCAAGUACUGCCGAGCGACGACAUGCUAUUUUAUGCGACCGAGUAUCCACAAUUUCCAGAAAAAUGUCUCGAACCAGAAGAAGCACAAGGAGAUAGAAGGCGACGGCAACUACAGGAAUCGAACGUGAGUGAAGAAGAGGCAGAAGCGGCCUGUUCCCAAUUGAAAGAUCCUUUGUCAAUCAAGGAUUGUGUCUAUGACAUUUUGGCGACACAAGAUUUGGAUAUGGUGGGUGCCUUCUAA